GUAACAGCCCAAGGUCCUCCCACGCCAGGGAAUGACUGAAGGUUUGAAGUUGGGCUCAACAGUUGCUAUAUGCCCUUUGGAUACAAAUACACCCCCUCGCCCAGCAUGAGCUUCUGGCGAGCGUACCCUCCUUUGAGCGUCGGAAUCAUCGACUGUGUUCUCAAGCAUAAUCAAUUUUGUCCAUCCUUCACGUUACCGAGGUCAGUCACAUAGAAUUUUGCUUCAUAUUGCUAUUGAUGAUAACCAGUCUCCCAACGAUGCCGGCCGACCGUCUUGCCCACAGUCCAACAUCCACCCUCACUACCCACCCUGGCAAUGCAAGUAACAGCAGGCAAUACCAUAGCCCCGAUUUAUCCGGGCAGCGCUACCGCUACGUCCAGUUACCGAACACAGGCCCUCCCCGAUCUGAAGCUGCUCCCACCUGUUAUCCUAUCUGGAGCUACUAUCCCGAUUCAAGUGUUCCCCAAGCCAUUUACCAGAUAUCAGAGUACAACGGGACGUCGCUGGAGCCUGAUGAGAGGCCACAAAGCUAUCCCACCGAUGGAAUCCAUGAGGAAAUCGCUACAGCACACAACAGACAUCCGUCUGAAGGCCAUCACCGACAUCAUCCAUACAGGGUUUAUUUAGACAAUUACGCAGAAAACACCUCGGAUGCAAUAUCUCGUGAACACACAAGCACCUCCCAUACAGCAAACCGCAGAGCCUCAACACUGACGUGCGGAUGGAACGGCUGCACCUAUAUCCGACCAUUCAAUCGACCAGCAGAUCUAUUACGACACAUCAAGAACAUCCAUGUGUCUCCUCAGUCGUAUCCGUGCUGGGUCCCCGGGUGCCAUCGGAUUUUCAACCGCAAGGAUAAUUUAGUGGAGCAUCUAUGCCGGUUUCAUCACCUGCAGAGGGAAUACCCUGGGCGCAGCUGAUUCUCAGUGAAGUUGUUUGGUUUUGCUCAUUGUUCCAAUUUCAGAUGCAUAGCGCCAAUCACCUAUGUCAAUGUUUCGUUUUUGGUUCUCUUGUUCUUGCCCAUGUCCUUCGAAC